UUUCCAGCUCCCUUUCUGGGCACUGCUGCGAAUUCGCCAUAAUAAGUAACGACUGAUUGCUGCCGGCGGCACCCGGUCUGAGCUGGGCGGUAUGACGGCCGCUGUGUGGCUCUGCCAGCCGCUCCUGCUCUGCUCUCUGCUGACCGGAGUAGCGGCGUGCGGCUCCGCCUGGAGCGGCGUGCAGCAACUGGUGUGGGACCUUCUGAGCGCCCAGGACGCGUCUCACCUGGUGCUGGUGCACGACCGAUCACCAGUCGCCGAUGCCUUGUGGCCCUCCUGUUCGACCUGGUCGUCAGAGCUGCGGCGGGUGGGGGUGUACCAGACUGUGCUGAGCACCUCCGCACCGCUGGAGCGACUGGACGGCGCCGUGACCUCCCACCAGGGGCAGACAAUGGUGCUGCUGGCCGCCGACACAGACACCAGCCUGGACUUUAUCGUCAGGCUGAAUGGGAGUCACCGCUUGGACGAGUCAUUCCAGUUGCUGAUGCUGGUCAACGGGACCGACUACCGCGCCGCCCUCGCCGAUUGGUACCUUCCAAUCAACAAUCAGCUGGUGCUGGCUGAGCUGUGGCCGGGCUCGGACGGAAGCCUGGACCGCGCUGACCUGUUGGAGACCUACCGUCUGAGUGUCAGUCACCCUGUCCGGUGGCUGCGUCUGGGCCGGUGGAGCGCCUCGGCUGGUCUCUGGGACUGGACCGGAGAGUCUCUGUAUGAGAGACGCGGCGACUGGAGCGGUCUGACACUACGGGUGGCCACCAACCAGGAUCCACCGUUGAUAAGUUUCGAGCCCGGCCCUCCUGACGACGUUGGUGGUUACGUCGGGACCGCCUGGAAGAUUCUAGCAGACAUUCUGCGCUUCAAUUACACGACGCGCCUCUCAGUAGACGGCCAGUGGGGCUCCCAGCUGGGCAACGGCUCCUGGAACGGCGUGAUCGGUAUGCUGGAGCGACAGGAGGUGGACGUGGGCGUCACCACGCUGAUAUCCACCGCGCCCCGACGGCGCGUCAUCAGCUUCACCAGGGGACUGCUGACACUCAGGUACCGGGUGUUUGUGCGCCAGUCGUCCACGCUCGAGUACAGCUGGACCACCUACGUGGCCGUGUUCUCGCCGCCGCUGUGGGCGGCGCUGGUGGGCUGCGUGCUGCUCGGUGGCGCCGCAAUGGGGCUGCUCUGCCGGCUGGAGCAGCGCCACCUGCCGCACCUGGCCGGACCUCACGGAGGCACCCACUGGCGGGACGCGGCCCUGUUCUGCAUCGCCGCUCUCUCCCAGCAGGGUGUAAAGGACACCCCGGCGGGGCUGGCCACGCGGCUCUUCUUCUGGGUGUUCUACAUGACGAUGGUGACGCUGUCAGCCGCCUACUCGGCAACACUAGUGUCCUCGCUGGCGGUACGAACGUACCCGCUGCCCUUCCAGGACCUGCACGGGCUGGUACGAACCAACACACACCGACUAGUGCUGCCCGACGCAUCUGCACUGCUCGAUUUCUUCAAGGAUUCUCAAGUGCCUCUUCUUCAGGAAGUCUACAGAAGUCAUUCAGUUGUGUUGGGGUCCGUAACUAAUGGUGUGGAGCAGCUGUUGAGUGGAAAGAACGUUGCCGUCUUCUCCACAUACUUCGGCCCCAACCAUAAGCCCUGCAGCAUGGUCGACCUCGGUAAUGACUACAUGAUCAGCCAGGCGUCGCUGGCGCUUCAGCGGCACUCGCCCUACCGAGCUUUCUUUGACUACUAUUUGGCACGGAUGCGGGAGCUGGGAAUUCUGGAUCAGCUGAACGGAAGGUUUCUAAGCUUGCCGAGAAAGGCCUGCAAGAGCAGCGACUCACAGGGCCUGUCACUGUCGUCCGUCUUCUCAGCGUUUGUUUUCCUAGCGACUGCUACACUCGCCAGUGUGGUCGGCCUUGCUGUCGAGCAUCUGUACGUCCGCCAUCACAACAGCCGUACGCCCAAGUGAUGACUGCCAUUCGUGAUAUUUUAUUGCUGUUUUAAUGUCUACGAAAUAUAUAUUUAAAUCACCUU